GUCAACUCAGACGAAAGAUGCUACAGUUUCACCGAUACCACCUUCAUCAAACGCGAGCGUCCUCUCGACGAGCGACCCAUCAACAAACGGACCGGAGAACCCGUCGUGAUUCCAUGGCUGCCGGAGCGUUUCCAAAACGAGGCUACGGUCCUAGGGAUUAUCGCCAAUAAUACAAAGAUUCCAGUACCUAGGGUGAAAGGUGUCGGCAGAGACAGCAAUGGACGAUGGUAUCUGGUGACUGAGCUUGUUCAAAACGCUGUUCGCGCCGAUAUGGUCGACGACAGAUGCUGGAUGCAGCCAGAUCAUGGAGUCUAUGAAGGCUCCUGCACCGCUUGUAUCGACAUAGCCCAAACAAAUACCGACCAGUUCAUCACGGGGACAGUUCUGCUCUGGCUCAGCACUCUGAGAUUCAACUCGACCGCAAUAAAAGGAUUCAUGGUUCCACCGCUCUGGGUGCUUCGGUACGACAAGAGGCCAACCUGGGUACCUAAGACGUCUACCAGCGAUAAUUCUGUUAUGGUUCACGGCGAUUUAGGACCGCACAAUAUCAUGUUAGACCAGAAAACAUUGUGGCCUGUCGCCGUCAUUGAUUGGGAGUAUGCUUGCCCCUUACCUCCAGCGUUCCAGCGGUGGAGCGCCACG